UCUCCAAGUUAUGUGGGUACAACAAUGGACACCCAGAAGGACGUUCAACUCCCAAAUCAACAGCCAAUGAUAUAUAUCUGUGGAGAAUGUCACACAGAAAAUGAAAUAAAAUCAAGGGAUCCAAUCCGAUGCACAGAAUGUGGAUACAGAAUAAUGCACAAGAAAAGGACUAAAAGAUUGGUGUUUUUUGAUGCUCAAUGAAACACGAAAUUCAGAGGAAUAUCUUCAUUUGC